CCACUGACUGCAACAUAACUCGUGUAACUCUACUUCGUCCUCAGCAUUCAGUGUUUGGGCUCAAAUACCCUCAAGAAUUCUCCAUUAAAAUCCACGUGAUUGAUAUUCAGAUCCUCUUCAAUUUUUAAACCAGGUGUUGAAAUGAAGAAGAUGGAUUUGGUUUCUGGUUACAAGGGGGUUGUUGGGCUCGUUUUUGGCAAUGAAAAUUCUGCUUCGAAUGAAGAUAGCCAGCCAGAGUGGAAAUCAUAGUUGUUUAGAGUGUAAAGUGCUUAAAGGUGAUGAGGGUUCUUAUCGCCUAGGUGAAAAUAGUGAGUUGAAGGUGUCGCCUUUGGACCAAAGACGAAAAGAAAAAAACAAUCAUAAGGGACGAUGACUGAACAAGAAAAUGGAGCAGAAGGUUAAGUGAGAGAGAAGAACUUGUCAGGUGGCUGCAUUUAACGCGGCAGGUGUAAAAAUUUUAAUAAAGGAAAAAAUUAUAAAUCAAAUAUUAUUAUCUGGUCACUAUUUCUCUAGCGACCUCUACGACAACCUCAAAAUUCGUUGGUGAUCUUUCCGAUUAUCUUAAAUUUCUCCAACAAAAUCUCUGACAACCUCAGAACUGGCCGAUAACCUCUUCAGUGAUCUCAAAUCCCCUUGUUGACCUCUAUGACGACCUUGAAACUCGCUGAUAACCCUCAAAAUUGCCUCAUACAUCACUGAAGUCUUGUGUGGUAGUAAAACAUGCUUUUUCAACGUCUAAAGCUUCUACAAAGGUGCCUAAAAAACUGCUAAAGUUGAUCGCCGUUGGACCAUUGGUUGCCUUGACACCAUACCCAAGGCGAUGGCCAUCAUCUUAAGCCUCAUGUAGGCACGCCUGAGGCACACCUUUGACAACUGUGGUGGAAAGAACUCCCAGUCUAUUGUUGCUCUCCAGAUAGUUAUGUUGAGUGCUUGCUUGACCGGAUCAGCAAUGGUGUCCUGGCAGAGGACAGGAGGUCGGCAAUGACUGAACUUCAGGCUAUUGUAGCGGAAAGUAGAGCUGCCCAGCUAGCAUUUGGGGCUAUGGGCUUUCCUGUAAUUAUGGGUGUCUUGAAGGAAGAACGGGAUGAUGUUGAAAUGGUUCGAGGUGCCCUAGAAACACUUGUUAGUGCUUUGACCCCUGUUGACCAUGUAAAAGUGCCAAAGAAUGAAGUUCAGGCAGCUUUAAUGAAUACUGAUUUACUCUCCCGAGAAGCAGAAAGUAUUUCUCUUCUUUUAAGUUUGUUGUCAGAGGAAGAUUUUUAUGUGAGAUAUUACACUCUUCAAAUUUUGACGGCACUUCUCACUAAUUCUCCUAAUAGGUUACAGGAAGCCAUUCUGACCAUUCCUCGUGGUAUAACUCGGCUGAUGGAUAUGCUCAUGGAUCGCGAGGUGAUACGAAAUGAGGCCUUACUACUACUCACUUACUUGACCCGUGAAGCUGAGGAGAUUCAAAAAAUUGUGGUCUUUGAAGGUGCAUUUGAGAAAAUAUUUUGUAUUAUUAAAGAAGAAGGAGGUUCAGAUGGUGGUGUUGUUGUGCAGGAUUGUCUUGAGUUAUUGAACAAUCUUCUCCGUACCAAUGCCUCUAAUCAGAUACUGCUGAGGGAGACCAUAGGUUUUGACCCGUUAUUAUCAAUUUUGAAGCUACGGGGAAGUAGAUACAAGUUUACCCAACAAAAGACAAUUAAUCUACUCAGUGCAUUAGAAACCAUCAAUUUGCUGAUGAUGGGAGGUUCAGAGACUGAUCCUGGAAAAGAUUCUAAUAAGCUGACCAAUAAGACAGUUCUAGUUCAGAAAAAAGUGUUGGAUCAUCUUCUAAUGUUGGGUGUUGAAAGCCAAUGGGCUCCUGUAGCCGUGCGAUGUACGGCACUAAGGUGCAUUGGUGAUUUGAUUACUGCACAUCCCAAGAAUCUUGAUGCCCUUGCAAGCAAAGUUCUUGGUGAGGAACAACAAGUAGAACCUGCUCUGAAUUCUAUUCUUCGAAUCAUUUUACGGACUUCUAGUAUGCAAGAGUUUUUUGCUGCUGAUCAUGUUUUUAGGAGCUUUUGUGAGAAAAAUCUUGAUGGCCAACUAAUGUUAGCAUCGACAUUAAUUCCUCAACCUCAGUCAAUGAGUCAUGCUCCUUAUGAGGAGGAUGUUCACAUGUCAUUUGGAAGCAUGCUGCUACGCGGUCUUACAUUGGGUGAAAGCGAUGGUGAUCUUGAGGCUUGUUGCAGAGCUGCCAGUGUUCUUUCUCACAUACUGAAGGACAAUGUGCAAUGCAAGGAAAGGGUUCUACAGAUUGAACUUGAUGCACCUUCACCAUCGUUGGGAGAUGCAGAGCCACUAAUGCACCGUAUGGUGAAAUACUUGGCUCUCACCUCUUCUAUGAAAAGUAAAGAUGGGAAGUCAGGCACUGCAGGGUUUGUUCAACUGAUUAUAUUGAAAUUGCUGGUCACCUGGCUAGCAGAUUGCCCAGAUGCUGUGAGUUGCUUCUUAGAUUCUCGCCCUCACCUAACAUAUCUGCUUGAGCUGGUGGCAAAUUCAUCUGCAACUGUGUGUGUAAGGGGGCUUGCAGCAGUUCUCUUGGGAGAGUGUGUUAUUUAUAACAAGUCCAGUGAUAAUGCGAAGGAUGCUUUUUCCAUUGUUGAUUCUGUAAGCCAGAAAGUUGGGCUUACAUCAUAUUUUCUGAAGUUUGAUGAGAUGCAGAAAAGCUUCCUUUUCACUUCUGUGAAUACAACCCAUUCCCAUAAACCACUGACAAGAUCAACUGCUGCUAGUAUGGCAGAGAUUGAAGAUGUUGGUGAAAAUGAUUUGCCUGAUAAAAAGAAUGAAGAUCAUCCAAUUCUCUCAUCAAUGUUCGAUGUGAAUUUCGUUAAUUUUAUCAAGAGUCUGGAGACAGAUAUCAGAGAAAAAAUUAUAGAUUUUUAUAGUCGUCCAACGAGUGAGGUUGCAGUGGUGCCUGCAGAACUGGAACAGAAGAGUGGAGAGAAUGACAAGGACUAUAUCAUAAGACUGAAAGCAUUUGUGGAGAAGCAGUGCUCCGAAAUACAGAAUCUCCUUGGUCGAAAUGCAAGUCUGGCUGAGGACCUGACUAAGGCAGGCUGGAGUGAUUCUUCCCAACUUGAGCAAAGGGCUGGUGGGGCUUCAGAGAGAGUCCUAACAGAGACAUUGCGGAGAGAUCUUCAAGAAGCAUCUCAACGGUUAGAGAUUAUGAAGGCUGAGAAAGCUAAAAUUGAAUCAGAGGCAUCCAUGUAUCAGAAUUUAGCAGCAAAGAUGGAAUCUGAUUUAAAGAGUCUGUCUGAUGCGUACAAUAGUCUCGAACAGGCAAACUUCUAUCUGGAAAAGGAGGUGAAAGCUUUAAAGAGUGGAGGAAGCUGUGUCUCUCCUGAUGUGGAGGUGAUGAAGGCAGAAGCUAGGGAAGAAGCCCAGAAGGAGAGCGAAGCAGAACUGAACGAUUUGCUGGUGUGCCUUGGGCAAGAACAGAGUAAGGUGGAAAAGCUGAGUGCUAGACUAUUGGAGUUAGGAGAGGAUGUGGAGAAACUACUCGAAGGAAUUGGAGAUGAAAUGGGACUGCCUGACGAUGAGGAAGAAGAGGAAGACUAAUUUGAAGUCAUUGCACCGUCUUCUUCCACCCAUAUCCAGAUAUAGGUGGUUGUUUUGACCUACAGUGCACAUUUCUAAGGAUUGUACAGUUGUUUUAUUGUCCAAGAUAAUGACCCUUUCAUUAAACUAACCUUCUCAAUUGGGUUUAAAUUAUCAUUCCUUUAGACUGCUGGGUUCUACUAUCUUGCUGUUAAUCUUUGUUGGAAGAUUGGAUUCUAUCAACUUGACACUUCUCAGGGUAAGAGAAUUGGGAAAGUGAAAAAAGAGCUAUGAUUCAUCUUA